CAUAGCCAUGCAACGUAAUAUAAAUAUAUUAGGUGAAUGAAUUUCUUCCUUUUUGUGAACUGAACCUCGAAUACUGAUAGAGUAUGUCUGUUUUUAUGUCCUUCUUGUACAUGAAUUUUGCGUGGAUGAUUUGGACUACAGAUUGCCAAAGGUUUAUACCAGUUCACAGCUACGAUUCCUUAUUUUCUUAUCUGGCAAGUGGCACUGAGAUAAGAUAUAUCUUCAAUGUUUCAAGCUGUGUAGAACCCGAUAAUCCGCCCCAGUACAAAGAUAUACCAACAUUUGGGGGUAAAAUUAAUCACUUCGAUGCCAGUCCAAACUCUGGCGAUAAACCUGGACAGAGUUCCUUCAACGAUGCACAGUUCAUUCAUGGAAAAACUUACAAUAUAGAUAAGGAACUAUACACGUUUUGGAUUGAAAACGACACAGCCAAGGUAUUCUGGGCUAAGCCUGGCCUAUUUGAAAAUGAUACAUCGACUUUGUCAGGGUUGUACUGUAGUUGGAUGCAAGGACGAGGAAAAUUUUGGGCCAAAACACACAUCAGAAAAAGACAGCUGACGUCAGCAAAGGAAGUUAAGGACACGCUUUUUUCUGGUGGGGAGGUCAAUUACUUAGUGAACAAGACCCAAUGCAAAUGUCUAGAAACAUCGGACCAAUUCAUGGAUGGCAUAGCCGGAGACACAGUCAAAUCUUUCAAACUGACUAAAGAUGGCUCCAUCGAAUUUUCAUCAGACUCUACGACAGUAUUCCCAAUUGCAUGGACAUAUAUUCGAGUCAUAACGGUUGUUAAUGUCCAUUCAAACAACACCGUAACCUUCAGUACGUCACGAUUUGACACCGUGACUUUGGAAGAGUCUACUAAUGACAUGUUGAUUUGUCCAAUACAUACGGCAUCCUCACCACAGGGAGUCAAAUUUUUUGUAAACGUAAACUGAAAUAAAAUACUCUUUUGGCAUCUCUGUAAAUGAAAUUACACAGAACACUGUCUUUAUAUCUUAUUUCUUAAAACC